CUUAAAUAAUGAUUAAAAAAAAACGUCUUUGGGCUUUUCUCACAAAACAUUCUUAAACCCUUCAAUUGGCCUCAAAAGAACCCAAAAAAACUUUUUCAUCUAAAAGUUGCUUCUUUUACUUCAACUUUUACACACUUGGAUUCUCCAAUACGAUCUUCUUCUCAGGACAUUCUCUUAAUACUUUUUAAAAUCCAUUUGGAGAUAUAUCCACCAAAGCAUGGAUGAUGUCGACAUAGAAUUGGAUGAACUGGAGUUAGUUGCUGCUGCUGCUGGUUACCACUAUUAUAAUUGUAUAACUAGGCAGCCUUCUCGUGGUUCAACUCCUAAAGGAUCUGGGUUCUUGAGCGAACUGCUCAGUGCCGACAAUAAUGUGUGUCGGGAAAUGUUAAGGAUGGAUAAACAUGUUUUUCACAAGCUAUGUAAUAUCCUUCGAGAAAGAGGCAUGCUACGUGACACAGCUGGUGUUAUGAUAGAGGAGCAACUGGCAAUCUUUUUAAACAUUGUUGGCCACAAUGAACGCAACAGGGUAAUACAAGAGCGUUAUCAGCACUCUGGUGAAACAAUAAGCAGGCAUUUUAAUAAUGUAUUGAGGGCACUUAAGUCGUUAUCCCGUGAGUUCCUUCAACUUCCUCCAGUCAGCACUCCUCUCCAGAUCCUUGAAAGUAAUAGAUUCUACCCGUAUUUUGAGGAUUGCAUUGGUGUAAUCGAUGGCAUGCGUAUCCCUGCUCAUGUGCCAGCCAAGGAUCAAUCUCGUUUUCGUAAUAGGAAGGGUAUUUUGACCCAAAAUGUAUUGGCAGCAUGCACAUUGGAUCUCCAAUUUAUAUUUGUCUACCCUGGCUGGGAAGGCUCAGCUACAGAUUCACGGGUACUGAGAGCAGUUCUAGAUGAUCCUGAUCAGAACUUCCCUCCAAUUCCUGAAGGGAAAUAUUAUCUUGUUGAUACAGGUUAUGUUAAUAUGGAUGGAUUUAUUGCUCCAUUUCCAGGAAUUCGGUAUCAUCUUCCUGAAUAUCGGGGUGCUAAUCUAUUACCUCGAAAUGCAAACGAGUUAUUUAACCACCGGCAUGCAUCACUUAGAAAUGCCAUUCAGAAAUCUUUUGAUGUGCUGAAAACAAGAUUUCCAAUCCUCAAACUUGCUCCUCAAUAUGCUUUUCAUACACAGAGGGACAUAGUUAUAGCUGCAUGUGUUAUUCACAAUCACAUCCGGCGUGAGGAAAAGAGUGACUGGUUGUUUAAAGACAUUGAAGGAAGAUAUGUAGAAGAGUUGCCUGAUUUAGAUGACAAUCCUGAUCCACACUUGGCUUUUCAGGUACAAGAACAGAGUGCCUCUGCCUUGAGAGAUUCCAUUACAGCAGCAAUGUGGAAUGACUUUAUCAAUAAAUGGGAUGAGUGGUGAUUCAUGUUUCUUGGAGAGAAGAUGUGAAUAGCUUCAUGUGUUCAUGGGAUGAGUGGAGAAAAAUUAUACCCCAUAUUCACAAUCGACUUUCCGUUUUUGAUGUUGGUGGUGUACGGGGCCGCACACUUAGACUAAUUCCACUGGGUACUUGCUGCUUUUCACCAGCACAGGUACCGGGAGCGAUCUGUUUUAGAACCUUAUAUAUAAGAUGCUAGAUGUUGAUAGAUGUUGAUUAGAGGUUUUGACCUGACUACUUUCCUGGAUAUAAUGUCUAAGAGGAAAGGUAGAUUUGGUGUUUGCCAUAGUGAGAAGCAUUCAGUUUCUGCUUUGUCAUAGUAAGUUGUAAUAUUAGCAAGAUAACAUUCAUGCUUCAACCUGAGAAUCAUCUUCUUUUCCUUUUUUUGUGCCCAAAUUUUGAGAUGUUUUCUUCUCAUUCAGUUGUUAUCUAUUGAUAAUAGUAUCUUAUAUA